AAUACGCUUCAUCGCACGCCUUUCGCGCGACGUUAAACAGACAGACACCAGUACCCGCAUCAACAGCGUCAGACAAGCAUUGCUUCGUCCGGCACCCUUUAAUACCCACCUCGUAACCUCCAUCACACCGAUCGCUCAAGUCACUCGUCACUAGAUGAUGGCUCAGCAAGUGCCUCACCACCUCAGCCUCGACCGCUCGUACGAGCAGCGAGGCGGCAACGGCGCUCCUCAGCGCGGGCCCUCGCCCAAUCCUCGACAGCAGUCCAAUCGGGCAGACCUCUUGGCGGGUCUUCGAACUCGUCGUGGAGACUCGCCUGGCGCCAGCAACGGCGCCCAGUAUCAGGACAUGUUGGCGCAGCAGCAUCACCACCAGCAGCUCGCCCAGCAGCUCAAGCCCAAUGCUGCCGUCUUCAUGCCUGCUGGAUACCACCAGCAUCAGCACCAACAGCACCAGCAGCAUCAGCAGCACCAGCAGCAGCGCCAGUAUGGAAGCGAUCUCGACGCUGUGCAGGCUCAGCUCGCUGCUAUUCAAAUGUCUGCCAUGCACAGCACCCCCAACGUCGCCGCCUCUUACGGCGUCACGCAAGGACAGCCUCACUCUGAGCAUCACCGCUAUCAGGAGUACAACAACAAGAGCGAGGAAGACGCUUUCGCCCAGUACUACCAGCAGCAGCGUCAGGCUGAGCUUCACGAGCAGCAGCACCUUGAGAUUCUGCGCAGGCAGGAAGCCGCUCAGCAGCACUCCAACAAUCUUCUUGCCCAUCUCCAGAACUUUGGUCAGCAGCGUCAGCGCGAGCAGUCGGCCCAGCGUCAGCAGCAGCAGGAGCAGCGCCAGGCUGCUCAGGCCUCGAUCCAGGCCAAUCUGCGCAACCGCCAGGUCCAGCACGUUUACGCCCAGCUCCUUGAGGAGGAGUCGCUCGGCCGCCUUGACCGUCGUCAGCUCGGUGGUCGCGACCUCUGGCAGUUCGCCAUCGACGUCGUCGAAGAGGAGUACGAGCGCCAGGCCGCUGCUGCCCAGCUUGCCAGGACACAGGAACAGCUUCAGGCUCUCCAGAUGCAGCAGUACCAGCUCCAGCUUCAGCAGCUCCAGCAGCAGGCGGCUCGCCAGGCUGGAGACGGUCAGCGUCGCAGUCCUUCUGGCGGUGCUACCACCUCACUCCCUCGCGAACGCACCGUCAGCCAUGCUGACAAGGCUUCUAGCUGGCGGAGCCGAGCCGCGACUGCCGGCGAUGACAAGGACAGCGACGAAGGCUCGCCCUCAGUGCGCAGCUCGAAGAGCUUCAACAGUGCAGACGAGACGCCGCAGACAUCCGAGGAGGGCGUCAACCACAUCCAAGCUCUCUCUGCUGAUCUUCCUGGCAAGCCCAGCAACGUCCUUCCUGCUAAGCAGCAGCCACAGUACGGCAGCCUCGGUCGCUCUGGCCGCAUCCCUUCGCCGGCUGCCAACGCAUCGGCUGGGGGGCCACCUGCUCCCCUGCUCGUGACGCCUCGCUCCUUCUCUGGUUCCGGCAGUGUUAGCCCCAUGCCUGCCGCUUUGGUACAUCCAGCCAGUCGUCAACCUCGAGGCCCUCCCACCGAAUUCAAGGCUCUCAACUUCACGACGCGCCUCAAUGCUCGUACUCGCAAGGAGGCCCUCAGCAAGCUGCGCAGCCCUCGCGCCGUUACUACCACGGUUGCGUGAGGGUGCGGCGAGAUCACCGCCUCCCCUCACUUUCACUUGUUGCAAAUCAGCGUCACCUCCCUCUCCGUGCCCUUUCUUCGUCUCCUUGUCUUGUCUCCCACACUCUCUCUUUUGUACCAACUUGCGCCGAAGUGAGCCCAACCAAGCUCGUCCCGACAGUGGACUCAUCCAAGACACCGUUUCUCUACCUGUUUUCUCGUUCUCAUCUCAUCUCAUCUCAUCUCAUCUUUACAAUUAUUCAAUUGCCAGCCCUUCGACGUGAUCCC